CUAUAUAUAUCCAUGCAACCAAAGUGCAUUAGCACAUAGCACAAUCUACGUAUCUACUUCAUUCUGAAGCAAUCACUAGUAUUUGCUACAGCAAAAAUGGUCACUGUGGAGGAGUUUCGCCGGGCACAACGGGCCGAGGGAACGGCCACCGUGCUGGCCAUCGGAACAGCCACUCCUCCCAAUUGUUUUUAUCAAAGCACUUACCCUGACUAUUUUUUUCGUGUCACUAACAGUGAGCAUAAAACGGAGCUUAAGGAGAAGUUUAAGCGCAUGUGUAAUGGAUCAAUGAUUAAGCAGAGGUACAUGCACUUAACUGAAGAAAUAUUGAAAGAGAACCCUAGUAUUUGUGAAUACAAGGCACCUUCCUUUGAUGCAAGACAAGAUAUUGUCGUAGCUGAAGUGCCAAAGCUUGGCAAGGAGGCAGCCGAAAGGGCUAUCAAUGAAUGGGGCCAGCCCAAGUCCAAGAUUACUCAUUUGGUCUUUUGCACCACUAGUGGUGUGGACAUGCCGGGCGCCGACUACCAACUCACUAAGCUGCUUGGCCUUAGUCCAUCAAUAAAACGAUUCAUGAUGUACCAACAAGGUUGCUCUGGUGGUGGUGCCGUUCUUCGAUUAGCCAAGGACUUGGCAGAGAAUAAUAAAGAUGCUCGAAUUCUUGUUGUUUGCGCAGAAAUCACCGUAAUGACCUUCCAUGGCCCGAGUGACAUUGAAUUGGAUGUUUUGAUCGGGCAAGUCCUCUUUGGUGAUGGGGCUGCUGCAGUCAUUAUUGGGUCAGACCCAGUUCUAGAGGUGGAAAAGCCUUUAUUUGAGCUUGUCUCUGCAACACAAACUCUUCUCCCAGACACUGGAUACGCGAUUCAUGGUAAAACUAGUGAGGCUGGGCUGACAUUUUACUUACAUAAAGAUGUUCCUGGAUUAGUUUCAAAUGACAUUGAGAAGUGCCUAGAGGAAAUAUUUGAGCCUUUGGGCAUUUCGGAUUGGAACUCCAUCUUCUGGGUAGUUCAUGCAGGUGGACGUGCGAUUCUCGACCAAAUUGAAUUAAAGUUGGGCCUAAAGCCUGAAAAACUCAGGGCUACGAGACAUGUCAUGAGUGAGUAUGGGAACGUUGCUAGUGCUUGUGUUUUGUUUGCUUUGGAUGAGAUGAGGAAAGGUUCUAUAAAGGAAGGGUUGAGUACCACCGGUGAAGGGCUCGAGUGGGGAGUGCUUUUUGGUUUUGGGCCUGGACUAACUAUUGAGACAAUUGUCCUCCAUAGUGUGGGUGAAAUUCAUAAAUAG